AUGUGUGACUGGAAUUGCAAUUGUGCACCUUCGAUUAUCUGUUGCAGGGUGUUGACACUAUUGUGCCCCCGUCGGUUUUAGAUGACGGUAACAUCAUUGGUCAUUUGCUUUUAGAGUUUUCCCUUUUUUCUUCAUUUUCUUUACCACUAUAUAUUUUUUUCUUUCUCUCUCUCUCUCCCUCUUUUAUGCGCACCGUGAUAGUUGGUACCUGAGCCAAAUGCAUUGUACCUUUUUGACAAUUUUUUUUCUUUCUUUUACUCUUCGUCAUAGAAAAUUGAAAAUUCCUUCAAAAAAAAUGAAAAAAGUAAUGACGGGGAAAGUUCUUCAGACAGAAUUUUAAUGACAUUUCUUUUUUAUUCAUUUUAUUAUCAUUAUUUAUUUAUUUAUUUAUUUUUGCUUUUCAGAUUUUAUUUAAAGGGAAAGUGUUUGAAAAUGGUGUUAACCAGUCCCCCCUUCAAUUGUUAAACAUUUUGGACUUGGUAAAUAAUGAAUAAUAAUGUUCCACAAAAUUAACCCUCGUGUGUAUAUACUUACAUAAUUUUUUCAUGGUGAUGCGGUCUCUGUCUGCAAGUGUUCAAAACGUGAUUAAUGUGAUUUUGGACUACAACACAUGUUUGUCCAACUUUAUCUUUAAACUGUUUAAAUAAUACUCAAGCCCGAUGGUAGGUCGUAAGAUUAAAUCACCGAUCAUUAAGGGUUGAUAAUCGCGGGAACCAAUCGUCCGGGGCAGUGUUCUCACAAUCACCUCUCCCUUUAACGCGAUUCUUCCCUCGUCUAUUUCUUCAAUUUUUCUUUAAUUUAUUUCUGAUCCUUGGAAAAAUAAGAUCCCUUUUCAAAGAAGGGAUUGACUUCUUCUCUUAUUCUACAAUAAAAAAAAAAGCUAAGACACAAUGGGAGGGGUUAUAAAAGCUGCACUGGCUAUUCUCCUGCUGGCGUGUACCGCGCAUGCCACCGAUAUCUGCGGGAAUAAUAUGACAUAUCCGGGAACGCUAGAAUCUCCGGGAUUCCCGAGCCCAUACGCAAACAGCCUUGAAUGUUCGAUGACGCUGACGGCCGGCAAUGGACGUCUAACUCGAUUACAGUUUCAAAGCGUUGAUUUCAGAGACGACGGGGAUGGCGUUAUGGUUGAGGAUGAGUACGGAGCUGUCACGUGGGUGACCGGCAGUGCAAUUCCCAAGACUUUCCUAAGCACCGUAUUCCAUGUCACAUUUGUAUCUGAUGGGGUCAACACCAACGGAACCGGUUUCCAAAUGGUUUACGACGAAUAUCCCAGAGACGCAGUUCCUGUCAAAGAAACUUUUUACGAGGUGGCUGCUAAGCCGGGCAAGCCACUUCAUCUUUACAGCAACGACUACCCCAUGUUUUACGAUGACAACACUCACUAUAUUUGGAACAUUACGUCAUCGGGUCCAUUGACGAUCACCGUGGUCGACCUGGAAAUGGAGGAACAUGAUUGGAUGAAGUUGACCGCAUUCUUAGCGACCGGUGACCCGGUAGAAGUUCUAUCGCAAAUGGGCACGCCCACUACGAGCAUGGGACCAAUCAUGGUAGCAGACAUGGAUUACGUCAUUGCGGAAUUUCGGUCUGAUUACUCGGAUCGGGCAUCAGGAUUUCAUGUAAUUGUUGAAACAAGCAGUGUCACACAGAUGGAAGAAAAACCCGAAUCUUCAUCCUGCGGAGGCAACUUCACACUGGAACAAUCUGCUCUUUUCUUCAGCCUUCCCGCUGACACAUCUGAUCUCGUCUGUGUCUACAGAAUAACCAACAACGAGGCUGCAUCAAGGAUUCAAGUCUUUGUCGAGGAAAUGGAUACAGAAGAGGGAAUUGAUUCUCUGCAUGUUUUUACCGGUCUUGAUCCCACCGACUGGUCCAAUUAUCGCCGCCAGCUCACGGGCUCAAUUAGUGAUGAAUACAUCUUCCUCCAGGAAGGUCACGGCGUGACCUUGGUCUUCACUUCCGGGUCAUCAAACAGAAGCCGCUCGCUUACGUUAACCGUGGAUCAUGUUCAAGAUUACGGUUGCGGUGGAACUCUGGAUCUGACAACCUCAAAUGGGGUAGGAUCCAUUCACAUCGGGAAUUUCUCCUCUACCAUGACACACGUGUAUUGCCAAUGGCUUGUUCACACAUCGAUCCUGACAAAUGUGAACGUACGUGUAUCGUCGAUGUCUGAAUCCUUGUAUGAUUGGUUGGAGAUCGGUUACGGGUCCGACCCGACUGAUAUUGGCAGUCGAUUGAAGUUGAUGACAGGCGAUGUCGGGAACCAGACCUAUUCUACUUACAACGGUGAUCUCUGGAUCGUAUUCUCUGCCGAAGAUCUCAUGGCCGACGAGGUCGACAUUGAACUCACACUUGAUGACGAUGCUUGCCUGAUUGAAACUCGCUUGGACCUGAACGGCGUCGUCUCCUCGCCACAGCUCGCCGGCGGGUAUUACCCAAAUGAUGCCGAUUGCCAGUGGAUAAUCCAAGUUCGAGGUGGUUUUCAAGUCCGUAUUCAUUUCACCGAAUUCGACUUGGAACUCGGGCAUGAUAAACUCAUUAUCGGCGGAUCAAAUCUGGUAGAUGACAGCUUUGGGACAUCGUACAUUGUCAUAACAGGAUCUGAAUUACCAAAUGAUGUCGUCAGCCGGUUCAACGGUCUCAAUAUCCGCUUCACAUCCGACAGCUCGGGUACUGGUUCUGGAUUCAGUUUUACCUAUGAAGAAUUCUUUGAAUGCCCAACCGGAUACAGCUACAAUCCGUCAAACGAUACCUGUUACAAGUUUGUGGACACGCCCGCUGAUUGGUGGAAUGCACGUUACGACUGCGACAACGUCGCCGAUGGUGACAUCGUCGUGAUCAACGACCAGGACGAGAACGCUUGGGUCUUAGAGAUGAUCACUGCCAUGCAAGGGAAUGAUUCAAGUGGUUGGUGGGUUGGUUACUACGAUGCUGCCAUCAACGGAGAAUGGGUUUGGGUUGAUUGCCUUGCGGAUACCGAUUUUGCGGAUACUAACUGGCAGGUCGGAGCACCGAAUGACCUCGACGACAACCAUUGCGCGUACAUGAAUAUGACAGACGGACAAUACAACGAUGAUGAUUGCUUCAAUACUAGACGCUAUGUCUGCGAGGUCACUCGGAAAGAUUAUGUGGACUCGGAUUGUUAUCCUUCUAAUUUCCAAGUUCUUGAAAUCGAUGAUAACGAUGUUUCAUUGUCUUUCAACGCUUCGGAAUUCGUUUGUGAUGUAUCCGGUUACAAGAUUCGCUACAAUACCACGGAAAGUGGAGAUUUUAUUGAAAUUGAGCUUGAAGGGGCGCUGAACACUGACGUCAUAAUAAGUGGUCUCUCUCCAGCUACAACUUAUCUGUUUGAACUGACAACAUGCACGGUCACCUACGGGUGCUAUGGAUAUAGCACUGCAUUGUCCGUUCUUGGCACAACCACUUGCCCUACUAAUUACGAGCUGGGUCCAAACGGUCAUUGCUACCGCUUCAGAAUACUCGAGAUCGGCUCGUGGUGGCCCACCGGACGACGAACGUGCGACGACGUGGCCGACUCCGAUCUUGUCAUCGUCAAUGACCAGGCGGAACUCGACUUCCUGACAUCACGCUCGGCCGAGAUCAAUUCCAAUAUGACUUGGUGGGUCGGCUAUUCAGAUCAGUCCGUAGAGGGCGAUUGGCGAUGGGUCGAUUGCACUGAAUCGACCGAAUGGCAGAACGAUCUCUGGGCUGACGGUUCCCCUGGCGGCGGGAGUGAGGACUGCGCUGCUCUUCAACCAAGCGGCGAUCUCGUUUCUCUUGUGUGUGACGAAACACUGAGUUACAUCUGCGAAAUAUCACCAAAAGGUUUCGAGCUCCAAGAUGCAAACCCUAGUAACCUUGCCGUUGUCGCCACGCAGACAAGCAUGAUGGUCACGUGGACACCGUCUGACACUAGCUGUGACGUCAUAGGCUACCGAGUACGUUAUUGGCUGGCAGAUGAAGCCAAUGCUGACGUCAGCUUCGAGCUGGUAUACGGAGGUGAUCAAAAUAGCGCCACCAUCGAGGACUUGUUGCCAGACCGCAUGUACAACGUCACUGUGGGGGCCUUCCUCAGUCAGGACUAUGAGCUCUCACCAGUUGGACCCGUUUCAGUCAAAACAGUCGCUGCUAUCAUCCUCCAGUGUUCACCCACCACCAUGUCAGUGCGAGUCCCCCUGGAGCGGCUCGGCGGCGCAUCCCUUGGAACCGACCUUCAGCUGAUGAACGAUGGCAGCUGCCAGGGAGUGAUAUCAGAGGAUGGAAUGGCCAUCGUUAUCACCACAAAUCUAACUUCAUGUAAUAACGAAAGACGUGAAGAUGCCACAUUCGAGUAUUACAGCAAUACUGUGGUUGAGAGAGAGUAUGGGGUUGUCACCCGCGUAUCUGAUGUGUACAUCCCCUUCACCUGCACCUACAACCGAACCGGGCGCGUGGGACUACGCUCGUACGAGCUCAAGAACUAUCGUCUCAACGUCACCGAAGAGUCCAGCGGCCAGUACGCUUUCGCUUUGGAUAUAUACAGAGAUGAAGGAUUUGAGGAGAAGUACCUUGAAGAGGACUAUCCAGUCGAUAUGGAUCUCAAUGAUGAUCUCUACUUCGGUGCUUCCGUUCCAUCGCAGGAAGGGACCUUGGACCUGUCAAUCACCCGCUGUGUGGCCACGCCCUCAAGUUCGUUCAAUGACGACCAAUUCCUUUUUAUCGAAGAUGGUUGUUCUGUCGAUGAAGGAACAGUAAUCCAACCGGAUGAGCUUGACUUCGUUGGGGUCACGAUGAAGACCUUCCGGUUCGUAGGAUUAGGAAACAGAGUUUACAUCCAUUGUGACCUCCUUGUCUGUGACGCAACAAGCGGAAAUCUUACGGAAUGUGACGUCACAUGCCCAAGUGGGCUGAACGGUCGCCAACGUCGUGACGUCACAGCCUCGAAAUCCACGCUUGCGCGUACGAGGAUUAGCCGUGGACCGAUCAGAUUUAGACGCAGCUCGGAAUCCUACGAACAGAUGGACUGGAUGAUAAAAGACGAUAAACCAACUGAAACACAUGUUUCUGCGUUCAACCCAUGGAUGCUGGCUAUCGUUGCCAUGGUAACGAUCAUGAUCGUUCUCCUUGUUAUCGUCCUGGUUGUCGUCCGGAAGAUGACAUCAGUGAUUCGUUCCCAGAAUGCCCAGCGAGACGACGAGGCAUCAGUACCACUCAUGAACGAAUAAAAAAUAAUAUCGGAUGUUUCAUCAGCUUUGAAUCUUUUUUACUAUAAUUUUAUUUUAUGAUUAAAUCAUCUGUUACGUUAUUUAAAUAAAAAUCUCACAUUGCUACAAAUCCCGUGCAUAACAUGAUACACAGUGAAUAAAUUCAAACCUUUCUCGAUUCUUGAAGGGAUGCUUCAUCAAUAUUAAGAUUGAUUUUAGGAUAUGCUCUAGUCAAAGAAAUACCAAAUAAAUGUUAUUAGGAUAGUGGACACGAAGCUUGUUAUCAUGACAAUACGUGCAGUUCAUGAAAUUUAUGGACAUGCUCAUUCGUUUUUUUACUUCAUAGUAUAUCGUGUUGUAUAAUCAAAUUAUAAAUGAUAUUAGUAACUACUGAGUGGAGUUGAUAUCUUUUCCUGAAAAGAAAGCUUACCACGAUUGUACAAUUAUAUGUACAAACAGUAAAUUAUUUGAAAUAGCUAAUCGCUAACGUUCUAUUUUGCAGAAUGACGGGUUUGCUCUGAAGAUAAAUGACAAGAGGUCUUAAUAACCAUCAAGUAUCUCUUUACGAUUUGGACACACUCUCUGCAAAGGACCCAAUUUGAAACAGUUUCUGAGGUCCUCUUUGCAAUCUAGAGAAAAAUGCUUAAGAAAUAUUCUUGUACUCUUGGGGAAAGGGGGUAUUUGAAAAACAUUUCUAAUCAGAAUCUUUUCUUUUCUAAAAGGUGGCUAACAUGAAAAGGACUCGAUUUGAAAUCGCUUUGGAGGUAACACCGAGAAAACUGCUUUAUAACAUAUUCUGGUACUUUUUUAUUGGGGAUGGGUAAAACCCUAUCUAAUUAGAUUUUUUUCUGAGAGUGACUAAUAUACGAAAAGCUUAUUUCGUAGCAGGAAUUCAAGUGACGAUGUCGGGUAUAGCUGUAAGUAAUCCUUGUUAAUACUAUAAAAUUAGAUGCUUAUCAAUACCAAAUAGAAAUCAGCAUGGGGUCGAGGAAUGUGUAAUAAUCAAAUAAUGUCAUAAUUAUGUUCAUUUCAUCUUUUAUACCUCAGAGUGCAUGCUGUUUUCAGAAUAAAGAUAAUUUAAAAAUUAUAA